UAGUAGAUUAUUUUGUCUGUUUUUAUUUCCAUACCUGUUCAAGAACAUGGCGGGGAGUUCAAAAGAAGUUCUCGCUCGCUCAUUCAAGAAAAGAUUGCAGGAUCUUGACUGUCCCUACGUGGAUGGCGUUGAUGAGUCUUGGAUAUCAGAAUUGCUCUUCCAUCCCGGUGAGGCAAGGAUCAGGCUGCUACAAUGGCUGUUUUCUCGGUUUGAUGGCAAGCUGGCUGAGAUGUUGGAAAACCAGUAUGUGCUGAGUGAGACACAGAUGGACUCCAGGCUACAGUGUCUGCUGCAGAUAGCAUCCGUCAUGGGGCUGUGCAAGGCAGAUGAUAUAGACCUUAUCAGGGGUGCAGCUUCCUCUAGCAAGCAGAGUGCAUUCUGGGAUCAGCUGUUGGAUAUCCUCUGCAUAGCCGACGCUGCAGACAACCCACAAAAGAGAGGCUUGGCCAGUCCAGGCAUCGUCAGUGAGAGCAUGACCCUGGAUGAGCAGUUUGACCACGACUGUCAGUACAUCAACACCUUGGCUGCUCAGCGAGAUCUCAAAGACACCUUCUCAACCAAGCUCCAUCUGCUACCACCGGACCUGCUGCGACUGAUAGAAAACAACCUCAAGGAACAGGGCUUGGAGGGACACAGGCCGCAGCCACCUGAGAGAAGCAAACUGGACGAGGUGAUCAGUAAACUGGACAAGGAUCUGGCGGCUUCUGAAGCCCAGCUGGGAGCACUUCAGAAACAGUAUGACUACCCACGUAGUGACCAGAAGGCCGUCGCUAAAGUGACCCAGACCCUGAAGCUGGUACUGUCAGAGCUGGCUCAGCUGGUGACCAGCUUCUCUUAUUGCUUUGAGAGUGAGAUGAGGCAGUGGUGUAACAAGACCCCACCGCAGCUGACUGACCUGGGCCCUGCGGUCAAGAGGGUGCACUCCCUGCUGCAACAAUUCUCAGUGCUCCUUGAUGGCUUGAAAGGCAUCCAGACAUCCUACAUUGGUGUCUGCAGCAGUGGGCAACACAGCAAGAAUGCAACGGAGACCAAAAGAGUGGAUAAGCUGGUGUCGGUCAGUCAAGCCGCAUUGGAAAGCUUCCAAGAAUGCGUCAGCAUCAUGAACGAAUCCCUGCAGAGAUGCGGUGAGGAGUGGGAUGCCAGCACCACCCUAGGGGCCACAUUCCUCAGGUAGCCGUCACACACAGGGCCCCUACCCCCAGAACAAACACCAAGAGAGACCCUGUGGGAAAACUGAUGCUCAGUGGUUGUUGUGAAAGCUUCUAGUCAAUGCGUGGUUUACAAACCUUUGCAUGCAAUUCCACAAAGAAUGGAAUCUGGCACCACGGGGGAUGGGGAGCAUUUUCGUUCCAAAACGUUGAUGUCUCAUCUAUGAGCUCCGUGCACAAGUACCCCUUCAACGGCCAGAAAAGGAGAGUUGGGGGAGACCUAGACUGGUUCCCGGUCCAUCCAUUGCGGACUUCGAAUGUAUCCAUAGUUAUGGGAGCGGGACAAGUCUGGGAGACCAGAAAUUCGAACGCAUUUGAGUGCCGACGCCGCCAGAUGCUCACUCGCAAAGACGUUAUGGCUUAGUUGUGUGCACAUUCAGGAUAAAUAAGUCGUGCGUACUACUUUGAGCGCGAAGCAGUACAGUACCCACGCGCAAUGUCCCGUCUACGGGGCUCUCAAAAGUAGUAAAAAAAAUGCACCCUCUUUUGUUGGCACACAUAGCCCAUAGAUGCAUGUCACUCGAGUAAAUUUUACAGUGUUAUCACAGAAAACUUACAAUGAAAUUGAAUGACUUUUCCGUGACUUUUCAAGGACAGGGAUAUUAAGUUCAGAUUUCAAGCUUUAAAAUGGUAUAAAAGAAUGGCGGUAUGUGUUUCCGCGCCGACACUAGAGCCUCCCCCCAAAAAAGUUGCGAGUAUUUUGGGACGCAUUGUAUAGAGUGGUAUGCAUAAAGAGGAAGUAC